CUUCAGAGUGUAUAUAUAUAAGUUGCAGUGUUUGAGGGAGGACCUGCAGCUUUUCUGUUCAGCAGACCAACACUCAGCAUGCUGUCACAAAAUCUUUUGAUCGUGGUGAUGCUCAUUUUCUUGGCAACAUCUCUUUCUACGGCUCCUGUAGAGGAGAAGGAGGUGGAGGAGGUGGAAGUUGCUGAAGUUGGGGAGCUGUCAGAAGAGGAAGAGGAUGACGAUGACUCCAAAAGUCACGAUAAGAUUGAGGGGGCACUUGGCGUCCACCAGGUGUCCACAGCGGCAACGGCGGCGGCGGCGGAUGCAGCUAGAGGCUCGGGUAUCAGUGCAGGACAUGGUGUUUCUUCCCAGAACCAGGAUACAAGUGGUUCGAGUGGCAGUUCAUCAGCAGGAACAAACAGCGGAGCAGCUCUUGCUGCUGAAGGUUCUUCAGGAGCAGAACUGUCUGGUUCUUCUGCUGGUCACACUUUGACUGCAGGUGAAUCCGUGGCAGCUGAUUGGUCAGUUCAGGCCGAAGCAACAGGUAAAGUUUCCCUGACUUAUUACAGAGACAUCAAAUAG